AUGUCUUUCGUACAGUGGACUGUCGAUGAAUUUAUUGCGUUAGAGAUGGGAUUUCCCACGAAUGUCGCACGAUCAUUGGUCCAGUUAUUUGAAGAUGGAUGUGAGGUACCAUUUAUUGCUCGUUAUCGACGGCAUUUAAUUGGUGAUGCAACGCCUGAUGAUUUACGCCAUGCAGUGGAAACUUUCAAGAAUGCAAAAGCCAUCAAAGCUAAAGCGGAAAAACUUUUAAAACGUGCUGACGCUGAAAUUGAAAAUGGUGCCUUGAAGGAAUCGGUGAAGGAUGCUCUUUCAAAAACGAUGGAUGCUGGUGAAUUGGAUAGUUUAUUUGAACCCUUCAAAAAAGCCAAGAAAGGUUCUUUGGCUUCAAGAGCGGCGGAACUGGGUGUUGGUGAGAUUUGUCAAAGGCUUUGUCGUAGCGAAUAUGUUGAUUUACAGCGUUUUGUUGGCUCUAAACCAGAACUAAGUGUACUGACAAAAGUGGAGGAGGAGACAGUUCAUCUGUUGUCUCAUGAUUUACAUCGCUUAGAGGAAACGCAAAAUUUGUUGCAAAAAUUAGCCGAACUGAAUAAUCAUUUGAAUGUUCGUUUGAAGGUGAAAUCGACGCUUACGAGAAAAGCAAAAGCUUUAAAAGAAACAGACAAGAAUUUUUCUUUACUCGACCAUUUCAAAUUAUAUCUAAAUUUUGAAAAAGAUGUUCGAUUUGUUCAGCCUUUUCAGAUUUUAGCUCUGGAACGAGCUUCAUCGAAAGAAAUCAUAAACUGGAAAAUAGUUGUGGAUGAUAGUAUUUCAAGCAUUCAUCCAGGCUUAAAACUCAAAUUUCAUCCUAACCAUGUAGAUUUGCUGAAAAAAGCUGUCCAGGAUUCUACGAAACGUUUCCUUAUACCUUCGAUUGAACGCAAAGUUCGAAAGAAAUUACUUGAUCAAGCGGAAAAUUCGGCAAUCGAUUGUUUUGCCAAAAAUCUUCGCGAAUUGCUGCUUACAGCUCCUCUGAAAGGUUACGCAGUGCUUGCAAUUGACCCUGGAUAUUCGAAUGGAUGCAAAUGUGCACUAGUUAAUGAUAACGGUGAUCUUCUACAAACAGCAGUAUUUCACUUUCGUCGACUCGACGCUAUGCGUUGGGCUCCGGAUGAACAAGCCGAAGAAUUACUGAAAACGCUCGCAUCAAAAGCGCUUGAUUCUCCUUUCGUGAUAGCAAUAGGGAAUGGCACCGCAAGUCGAGAAACGCAAAUCUUCAUAGCAUCAUUAAUUCAGCGCGGUGUAAUUGCUGCAAAAUUUUGUGUAGUUUCCGAAUGUGGUGCAUCUAUUUAUAGCACAACAGAAUUAGCAGCAAAAGAAUUGUCGGGAAUUGAUAUUAAUUUGCGAAGUGCUGUGUCACUUGCGAGACGUAUUAUUGAUCCUAUAUCGGAAUAUGUGAAGAUUGCACCGAAACACCUUGGUGUUGGAUUGUAUCAGCAUUCGGUAAAUGAAAAACGUUUGGAUGAAAUGUUGGAUAUAGUUGUUCGCGAAUGUGUUAGCAAUGUUGGCGUCGACGUGAACGUAGCCUCAUUACAAGUUUUACAGAGAGUAUCGGGUUUGAAUAAGAAAACAGCUGCUAAUAUAAUCAAAUAUCGCCAAGACAAUGGGGGGAUCAAGAGCAGAGAAGAAUUGAAGAGUAUCAGCGGAAUCGGUCCGAAAUGUUUUGAGCAGUGUGCUGGAUUCCUUUAUGUGUAUAACAGUGUAAGAUUGGAUGCACCAGUGAGAAAGAAAGCAAAACUUUUAAACGAAUACAAUCCUUUGGAUGCAACUCCUGUUCAUCCAGAAAGCUACGAGAUAGCCAAACAGAUAUUGGAAUAUGCUGGUGCUGACUUGACACACGUUGGGCGAAACAGUUUGUUCAAAAUGCUAGCAGUGAUCGAACAACGAAUUAAGGAGCGGGGUCCGGAAUGGGUUGUUGUAUGGGAAUUAUUAUCAAAUCCAUUUGUAAGGAGGAAUGCACCAGUCCUUUUGACAAAUGUAGUGGAAAUGAAGUCACUGAAAGUGGGUGAUAUUUUGGAAGGCAUUGUUCGAAAUCAUGCUAAUUUUGGUAUAUUCAUCGAUAUUGGGGUGGGCUUCAAUGCGUUAGCGCAUUCAUCAACUCUGUUGUCAGUUGUUCCCGAGGUAAAUUCCCCAGUGAAAGUGCGAAUCACACGGCUGGAGAUGGAUCGACGCCGGAUUGGUGUCGUUUUAGUUUGA